UUGUUGGUAUUGAGAUGAUCGGCCUGUGAAUGCCUUCGCAAAAUCGCUAACGACUAUCACCAUGUCUUCUACCUCUGUGGACAAGCCAUAUCCCCUUAUUUCGACUAUUGCGUUUUCCAAAGAUGUAUACAUCCCAUGCGGCAAACUAUGUCGCAACGCAAAUGGCACUCGCCCACAACGGCAUGAUACGCGGUCUCAACGCCAUAUACCUCCAAGCGACAGCAAUCCCCCACCAGGACACCGAAACCGUCCAGGACUUCCUAACGUACUGCCAGUGCUGGUGCGAAUCCAUGCAUCACCACCACGACGUCGAAGAGGCGGAGUUCUUCCCCGACAUAGAGCGCAUCACUGGGGUCCUAGGAAUCAUGGAACUCAACAUCGAGCAGCACCGAGCCUUUACACCAGGAUUUAUCAGGUUCGAAGAGUAUGCUAGGACCUGCUCGGCUGCAGAUUAUGAGGGGGGAAAGGUCAAAGAGCUCAUCGAUGGUUUCGCGGGCCCGUUGACUACGCAUCUGCGCGACGAGAUUAACACGCUGCGAGACCUGCAUCCCUACGACAAUGAAGAUAUACGGAAGGCCUACAAGAAGUUUGAGAAGCGCAUGAUGGCCGGAGACAGCUAUCGGACCGCGCCACUCGUUUUUGGAACUGCGGACAGGAGCUUUGAGGGCGGUAUGCAUAAUUUUCCGCCCGUACCGUUCUUUGUGCCGUAUAUAAUCCACUAUGUUUACGGCAGGAAGUAUCGUGGAGCUUGGAGAUUCAACCCAUGCACCAUUUGGAGGGACCCUAGGGAUCUGGCUUUCCAGAGCAACAGUCCAGGUCAACAAUGAUACGAUAAAGUACAAGAGAGGACGAGGAGAUGUGUAUGUUCAAGACGACAUGGAGUAACAAUCUUCCACGGACAGCCACGUGCUCAGUAGUCU